AUGGUGAAGAGUUGCGCCCCUUGUCAGAGAAAUGCAAGGAUGAACACCAAAGAGCCAUUGACACCGCACGACGUGCCGUCCAAGCCGUGGCACACCCUUGGCUCGGAUUUGUUCUUCUGGAACAACGCAUGGUACUUGCUCGUCGCAGAUUACUACAGCAAGUUCCCAUUGGUCCGCAAACUAAACGAUGUUAGGUCUGAGACCGUCAUCAAGCACAUGAAGUCUAUCUUUGAAGAGAACGGAAUCCCCGAGAAGCUGAUCACCGGACACGACACGCAGUACACUUCAUCAAUAUUUGGCGACUUUAGCAAAACAUAUGGAUUUGAACACACGUCCACAAGUCCAUACCACUCCCACGCUAAUGGUUUCAUCGAAAGGAACGUGCAAACCGUCAAGAAUGUGCUUCAGAAAUGCAAGGAGUCAAAUUCUGAUCCACACCUAGCCAUGCUGUGCCUCCGCACCACACCGAUCGACCAUAAUCUGCCCUCACCUGCAGAACUCCUGAAUGGCCGAGUCUAUCAGUCUAACCUACCUGGAGUUUCCAGAACAGCUAGGCUGGACUCAAAGGUAGACCAUGAUGCCAACUCCAAGCUACAAGCCAGACAGGACUUACAGAAACUCUACUAUGACAGAUCAUCGAAGGAACUUCCACCACUUCCACCCGGUAGUAAUGUGUCAGUAUUCAACCCACACAACAAGAAGUGGGAACCCGGCACGGUACGCAGUCAGAGGUCAGCUCCCAAGUCUUAUAAUGUUGAGUUGUCAACAGGUAGUAGGUUCACACGGAAUCGGAAACACCUACGGCCAUCAGCGGUACCUGCUGAGAAGCCUACCGAUCAUCCAGAUAUUCCUGUUGAUGGUGAUACAGCACAGUCAACAUCCAGUGAUGGUCCGAGCCUCGCAGCAGGAAAGGCUACAGUAGAACCUCCCAUCAUCGCAAGCCCCCAGCCUUUGCGUCGCUCAGCUCGAAACAUCAAGCCGCCUGACAGACUGAGCUUGUAG